UCUUUAUUCUCCAAACUGCGCCAGAAGCAUUCCGUUAUAUUUUAUUUUCAGUUUUAUUACCGCAGCAUCAUGCGUGGAUUAUGCGUUUUGCGUUUAGGCGUUUUUGCCUGUUUGAACAACUCAUGCUACUUUUACUUAAAAAGUCUGUUUUGGUGAACAGGUCUAGCCCACUUGUUUUUUUGUUUUUUUAUUGAAUGUGCUCUUUUCCCACACACUGAAAGAAAAUGUUGUUUAGUCCUUUUAAAGCACAGCGUCUUUUGCUUUGUGGUAAAUCCUGCUGAGGCAGUGGAUGUGUCGGUGUUGAACUGCAGUUACCCAUCGGGAAGUUCCGUCUUUUGGAUUUGGACUUGUGAUCACCGCUGUUAUGGACAGACCCUGGAUCAGGAUCUGCGCUUUCACGCUCACCACAGUUUUCCUUCAAGAGGUAGCAGCUCUGAACCUGAGGAAUGAGCUAUUGGGAAAGUGUGUGCAGAUGCAGGAUGGAGAAGGCAAUGAAAAGGUGACUUUGGAGGAGUGUAAACCAGGUUCAGUCUUUCAGGAAUGGCAUUGGACCCCUGAGACACGCUCCUUAAGGAACCCACACAUGGGAAAAUGCUUGACAGCUCUCAAGAUCCAAGAUCAGGGAACUGUGAGCUCCUUAGCAUGCCGAGGUGAAGAUGAUGAGACUCAGGCCUGGAGUUGCUCAAAAAAGGGCCACCUCACAUUGUACGGCAAGGGCUUCCAUUUGAGUGUGCGCUAUGACUCUUCUGAUAUCUUUCUUUCCACGGAGCGAGGGAAGAGUGCCAAGUGGAGGACACUGAAUGAGCGAAUGGUGUGUGAGGAGCCACCGAAUGAGCCUGAGAAGAUAGAACCAAAAAUUAUUGCUAAAAUUCGCCUGUGGCAGCCUCAAGUAAACGUGGACCUGGAUGCUCCGAAACCCACCCAGCCUUCACACUUCACCACUGCGUUUGUGAAUCCUUUCAGCAUGGAGUAUGGAAUGGAGUGGAAGGUGACCAUGCUGUUCCUGAGCUCCCUUGCCCUCAUCAUUGGGAUGGUCAUCCUCUUCCUGAACAUCUAUCAAAAUAGGCGGAAGAAGACUGUUGUGGUUCUUAAGUCAUACACAUCCAGUGGCGAAGCCAGUCAGCCUGGCUCUCCGGUUUCCAGCGAAAGAGCUCCUCUCACCAAACACCCCAUGAAACCUCCCCGUUCUCCGUCCAUUCGGCACGGGGAGAUCCUGGUUGAAUGGAAGGAUGGCACUGUUACGCCGCUAUUUGACACCUACCAAACCUCCUAAAGUGCCAGAUUUGAGCCUUACUGCAACAUAAAUGCUGUAAUACUCCCAGCUCUGUUACUGUAUCUGCAGCCUCAUCUGCUGCAUUUCACACUAAUGCAUUGUGCUGCUCUUAAGCAUGUAGUGUUUUUCUCCUUUUUUCAUACAGCCAUUGCAGGUCUUUCAUACAGCCAUUGCAGUUCAUGCAUAGUCUUAUUCUUUUUUCAUACAGCCAUUGCAGUUCAUGCAUAGUCUUAUUCUUUUUUCAUACAGCCAUUGCAGUUCAUGCAUAGUCUUAUUCUUUUUUCAUACAGCCAUUGCAGUUCAUGCAUAGUCUUAUUCGAAUGCAGAAUGCACAAAUGCUGGCACUAAUGCAUUGUGCUGCUCUUAAGCAUGCAGUGUUUUUCUCCUUUUUCAUACAGCCAUUGCAGUUCGUUCAUACAGCCAUUGCAGUUCAUGCAUAGUCUUAUUCUUUUUUCAUACAGCCAUUGCAGUUCAUGCAUAGUCUUAUUCUUUUUUCAUACAGCCAUUGCAGUUCAUGCAUAGUCUUAUUCGAAUGCAGAAUGCACAAAUGCUGGCCAAAGAAAUUAUAUGAUAUUAUGAUUGAUAUAUUAUAUAUAUCAAUCAUAAUAACUGACCUCUUUGCUUAGAAAAAGCUUUGCCCAUCAUGCUCCAUUUCAAGAUGAUAGAAUCAGAAUCAGUUGAUGUUUGGGUGGAGGUGCAUGCAUGGCCCUGUGCCCUGUGUGUCCAUGUGUGUCAGAACAGUCAUGAGACAGUGUUUGCAUAGAAGAAAGUUUAAGAUUUUGUGAUACCAUGUGCUUUGACAGGGCAGGAAAAUGUAAACAGAUAUGUAGUGGAUACCGUAAGAUAGCUGGAAAAAAAACCCAGCUUGUGAGCAUGAGGAUUGUUGUUUUGCACUUGCAUCCACGUGCACAAGUCCGAGCACACACUGAAGCAGAAUUCAACGAGAGGCAAGUUAGGCUUAAUACAAUGAGUUUCAUUCCUGAAGGCAUUCAUGCCUGAACUAGUCCCAACCUGCCAUAUUGCAAGCAAGCUCUUUUGUCUCAUUUAUACAUUAGACCAGGGUGGUGUAGCUGUUCACGAGUUAGUGUGCAGCUUUUUUGUGUUAGUGUGAGAAGCCUAUAAUAUAUUUACUAACAAAUCAAAGCAAUAAUCAAUGACUCGUAUAAUUUAGAAUGUAAUAAAUAUUAAUGUCAGGCCGUCAUGUCAGCUAUAUUUUUAUUUGUGUGUAUUAAUUUUCUCCAACAGCUUCAUUAAGUUAGGCAGGUUCUUGCUCGUGUGCUGUUCAAGCGUCCCUUUUUUCCAAAAGAAACCAUUAAAUCCAUAAUGAGUUAUUUUAGCUUUUUUAUGCCUAGUUCCUCCUCUAUUAUACCAAUCUUCACAGAUACAGACCUUUCCAUUCAAAUGCAUGAUUUCAGCCUUGGCUUUGGAGGCCAAUUGAAAAGUUAUAGCUAAAUUUAUUUUGGAUUUUCAUCAAUAUGUAUUUAACUUGCUCUGUGAAAUUCUUAGAAAGCCAUUAAGGAGUUGAAUCAUAAGAUCAAAACUGACUAGUACUAGUAUUGAGUUUUAAUUUUGUAGGAAAAACGUCAUAAGUGCUGCUGUUUCUUCACUACUUUCAUUGAAAACAAAAUAAUGAAUGUUUUCAGAGUGCAGGUUAAGAUUCCUUAUUUUUAUGAUUAUUUAUGCACUCCACCCUCCUCGCUCUGUAUCUGGACAGAAUUCAGUGCUUGUGAAAGAAGCUUAUUUUCAAUGAGAACAGACCAUCACCUCCCCAGGCCUGGUUUUAUUUAUAGACAUGUAUUUAUAGUGAAGAUAUUUAUCUAAUUCUGUCUAAUUUUAUCCCACUCUGUCUGUUUAUCUAGUUCUUUCAUCACAGCACUUACUCAAUAUUAUACUGAACUGUGGUUGGUAGCAACUGGGCUUGUCAGAAAAUAUGAUAAGUGUUUCAAGCAGCUUUAAUAUAUAAUUGCCGUGAAACCUAAAGGAUACACAGCUAACAGACAGUUCUGACCAUCUAGAGAUUAUGAGUAAGACAAGGAUAAAAGAUAAGACUAGGUAAAUUAUAGUUUACUCGUAAUUUUUUUGUAAUGUUUAUCCUUGAUUUGAUCUUGAUAGAUAUACCUGCAUGUAUAAGAGCUUUGGAGUGAAUAAAGUUGGACUAAUACAGAAUGAAAGCUGUGCAGGUAUUUGUAUUCUGUUUGGUUACUGUUUCCAAGAUCUUUCUGGAAUUAGACAGCUGCGUGUUAAGACCAGUCUUGUUAAUUUCAGAGUGGGAUCCCAGCCCCAUGUGCUAAAUUCAUAUACAGGGAAACAGGGUUGAAGUGGAAUGUAAAGACACACCUGUACACCACUCAAGGAAAGCUAUGUCUUGAUGUUUGCAAGUCUGAACAAAGACGCAGCUUUCUGAGUGAGAUCAGUUGCAACUGUGCGUGCGAGAAGAGUUUCCUCUAGAAACCUGUUUUGCCACAAUUUUUUUGCUCUAUCAAAUAAAAAAAAGACACAAAUGGCUUCACAAAGUAUAGGGAUUAGGCAAAAUGAAACAAAAUCACACAAGGUUUACUUUCUUGGUUUACAAGUUUUUUUAUUGUAUUAUAGUGCAAAGAAAUUGGCAAUCACAGUGACUUUCUGGAUUUUUUGUAUUGCACAGCUGCUCUAACUACAGCUCAUAUAAAUCCAGUCUUCCUUUUAUACCUUCCCUAAUGCACUUUUUGCAGAAUUUAAUUACCAUACACUGUCAGUGUAAACAUCAUUUGCGGGCUAACAACCCAAAGCAAACCACUUAAGUUGCUCAAUAUUACUUACUGUCUGCAAAUCUUUCAUCUAAAUCGGAAGCUUUCUAGGCAUUAAUGGUAGAUUGGUGGAUUGAUGGUGGUGAUGUGGCAACCUAAGUGAGGAUGUGCUCUCUCACAGGGCAAAGCGUCCUGAUAAGAGAACAUAACAGAAUGUCUCCACCCAAAUAAUUGGGCUGUUUGGAUCCCAGCCUUAUAGGGUAGAGACUGUCCUACUUCUGUAUACAUAUCUGCUGCCAUGACGCACUCGAUUUUCUUUUCAACCCUGGAGAUUAGUGGUAUAGCUAUAAUUUGGAGUCGUUAUACACUGGCUUUCCAUGUAUUUUGUCAAAACUGAGGUCGUCUGAUGCUGAUCUACAAAACAUGUCGCAGCUGGUUGGUUUUUGUUGGUUACUUUGGGGCAGAACAUCUGAUAAUGCUUCCUUUCAUUUAUGCCUGACCUUUGACACAAAUACAGCACAGAGUGACGAUAUAAUCAGAGCUAAAGCCUAAAUGGGUUUAGGAAAUAGUUUGUUUCAAGGAAUACGCUAUGAGGAUUCAGAGAAAAGGGACAAUAAUGGACGGUUGUGCUGGUUUCCAAAUUUUUAAGUAGCUAGGUGGAAGUGGUUUUUAGAGAAGAGCUAGCAGGGAAAAAAAUUGUAUAAAGCAGUGAUUCAUUGUGGAAGCAGUGCUCGUACUGAGGAAGGUGAAAAUGGGUUUACUUCCCAAAUAUUACCAGUUUAUAUGUUAUAGGUAUAAUUUGGACUUGAAAGGACACAGAUGAUAAUAAUAAUAAUAAUAAUAAUAAUAAUAAUAAUAAUAAUAAUAAUACAGACACAAUAUUGGUUUUGCUCACUGGAGAUUUAUACACGGACAAAUAAUUUCUCCAGAAAAAAGGUGCUUCCAUUAUUUAACAAAACAACACUGUUUUUGUCUUAGAUGAAAUCUAUCUUUUCUUUAAUGUUAUUCUUCUUUUGCAUAACUAGGUUUUUUCCUACUUUUUAUUCUUCUCUUCAAAUAUUUGUCCAAGAGACCAGCUAUCUGAUAAGGAAAUGACUUUUCUCCACCCAAAAGUCUGUCCACUGUUAGAUGAAGACAUUUUUUUUUUACAUGAGUAGUCAUUUAAAUAUUUUGAGGAAGCUUUGCAAACGACUGUUAUGAAGAAGCAGAAGAUGACAAAAGGUGACAGACGUUAACAUACGGUUUGUGCCACAUGGUUCUGAUGAGCCAUAAUUAUGCAGGAGGCCAACUUCUUUGGAUGGUAGUGAAAAGAAAUCCAGAGGAAUUCUGUCAGAAUGUAGACUCUCCAUCUGGAGGUAAAAUGAUGAAAGGAGUUUUACAGCCUGGCAUUCAUGACUUUGGAAACAUAUUUCAGGACUUUACCUCACUACAGAUUUCCAGGUCUGUGUUUUUCACAUAUGGCCAGCAUAUGGCUGACCACCACCCUCUAGGUGUCCAAGGAUAAAAGAGUUUUGGCCUGAGAGUUUACUACUGGAGGAUGACCCACUAAAAUGCCUUUUAUGGGGCAAAGCAGGAAACAAUAUAGAGCUGAUUAAAAGUUGUGUAAUAACAUGCUUUAGACAAGCUUUCUGUAAGUAACCACAACAUGACACGUCCUGAUGCCCACGUCUGUUUAUGGGUCCAAAAGAAUGAAUUCGUUCAGCCAAAGUGGAUAUGGAAAAGUAAGCAAGCAUCAUAAAUCUUGACAUUUGGUUCUUAUGUAUGGCCUUGGAGUUCAAUUUCACAAGGCAACGCAACACAAACAUUAUGUCAAUAAGACUAAAAUAUGAUAGCUUCACUGUGAGCAUUUUGGGAUUUCAGCUGAAAGACAGUUUUAGGACACGUGCACCAGCUGAAGCUUGUCCAACAGAACCACUUUUCCACUUUAUAUCCUUAGAUAUUCAUUUUCUUUUUUUAUAUCCUUAGAUAUCCAUUUUCUUUUUCUUGUACAAUAUUAAAAUCUCAAACAUCAGUGGCGACAGUUAAGCAACUGACUAAAGGUAAAAUUGUAUGCCAAAUUCACAGGGUGAUAAUCAUGCAACCUGACAUAACAAUUUACAUUAAAAAACCACUUGAUGUGGUAUAAAUUCUUGUAGCAUAUAUGAAAGGAUCACACCUGAAAUAUGUUUAUGUAACAUUUACAUCUAUUCGUUUAGCAUAUGCUUUUACCGAAAGUGACUUACAAAUGAGGAAAUACAAGC